AUGUCAUCGCUUAGUAAGCCUUAGAGGCAGUCGGAAGCUAGGUUUUCUCGGGGCUUUUCCCGUUAUUUCACUGACAAAAGACUGAAGCUGCAGCCGGGGAGGUAGGACACUCCAGAAUCCAGAAGUUCAGGGGGCGCUUAACCGAUAAUUGAAAGAGACGACGUAGAAGGCUGAAGGACAAAGACAUGGCAAAAUUGAGUUCAAUAUCAUCCUACUCGCAAGCAAACCUGGCUUUUCAAUGCCCAAAAAUAGGCUCAUUGCGGUGCCAUGAUAAAGUAGCUUGUCCCAGGAAGAUUUCUUCAUUCCAAGAGUUAGGAGUGAGGGGGAGUGAGCUUUCUGGCAUUGCUGUGAUUAGUAAAACUAUGGCUGCUACUCGGGCCCAUGAGAAGCAAGUCAUACAAGCUGUUUUGUCCAGUGAUAGAGAGAUGGAAUCUUCCACAGCUACCAAGGGUGGAGGUCUCCGUGGCAAGCUAAAUAAGGUUGUUCUUGCCUAUAGUGGAGGUUUAGACACCUCUGUUAUUGUCCCCUGGUUAAGGGAGAAUUAUGGUUGUGAGGUUGUGUGCUUCACAGCAGAUGUUGGUCAAGGUGUGCAUGAAUUAAAGGGUUUAGAAGAGAAAGCAAAAGCAAGUGGUGCUUCUGGAUUGGUUGUCAAGGACUUGAAAGAGGAAUUUGUAAGAGAUUACAUAUUUCCCUGCCUUCGAGCUGGUGCAAUUUAUGAAAGGAAAUACCUGCUGGGCACUUCUAUGAACCUUUCCCCAGCAAUGCUUCUUUCUGAACUUAAUGAUAUGGGUGGGAGACAUGGAAUUGGCCGUGUUGACCUAGUUGAGAACCGGCUUGUUGGAAUGAAAAGCCGUGGUGUCUAUGAAACUCCUGGUGGAACAAUCCUUUUUGCUGCUAUACGUGAGCUGGAAUCCUUAACGCUUGAUCGAGAAACAAUGCAAGUAAAAGAUUCACUGGCAUUGAAGUAUGCUGAGCUUGUUUAUGCUGGUAGGUGGUUUGACCCACUUCGGGAGUCUAUGGAUGCCUUCAUGGAGAAAAUUACAGAGACGACAACUGGUUCUGUGAUUCUGAAGUUGUACAAAGGAUCUGUAUCUGUAACAGGUCGCAAGAGUCCAUAUAGCCUCUACAGGCAGGAUAUUUCAUCAUUUGAGAGUGGGCAAAUAUACGAUCAGGCUGAUGCUGCUGGAUUCAUUCGGCUUUAUGGCCUUCCAAUGAGAGUGAGGGCAAUGCUUGAUAAGGGUAUGUGAUAAUGACAAUUUUGUGUCAUUUGUGUGAUAACAUUGAUCUGCUGGCUGAACUUUCGGCUAUAUUUAUAUAUGCAAUGGUUACUCAGGUUCAAGAUCCCAA